GGGGGAGAUGAAAGGGAAUGGCUGGCAGAGCAAUGCUGCAGAAGAAAGGGAAGCUUGAUUAAUACAACACUGAGACUAUUAAAAAGGAGAGAGGGUCAUUAAUCCCUGGGAAGGGAAGAAACAUCACCAGGAAUCAGGGCUUAGGGGACUCCCUUUACCUGCUGUGCGCAGAGGAGACAGCAUCCUUGAGGUGGGAACAGUCCUUGCAAGCUCACCCCCUGCUGACUCUGCACCCCGUCUUCCGGGCACGGGGCCCAGGGGUUAUGACCCUGCCCUCCCUUCAACUGCAAGCCAUGGCACUGGGAAUGAGGAUGCUUCUGCUGGUGCUGUUCUGGGCCGGACUGGUGCCGUGCACUGGCUCAGACCCCAGCCCCAUGGGGAAGCAGUUCCUUACUGCCUUCCCAGAGAUGCAGUGCUCUCAGAGCUCCAGGGCCCGGGUCAGCCUCCAGCUGCUUGUCACUGGCUUCGCCCCUUCCACCACGGUCACUGUCACAGUGAAAGGAAUGGCUUUUCAGAAGGUCCUCACCCUCCACCAGGACGAGACCCAGACCAUCGAGCUUCCGGACUCCACGGAGAUGGUGGGGACAGGCUUCUUCGACAGAACGGUUGUGGUGGUCGCUGACCAUAUGGUCUCUGUCCUCUCUGUGAGCUCGGAAGACCAGUCCUCUGAAAGCACGGUGCUGUACCCUAUGGAGAGCUUGGGCCAGAAGUACUAUGUGGUCACCCCCACAUCUGAAGAGAAAGCGCCAGAUUCCUGGCUGCAGUUCACUGUUGUGGCCGGGCCUGAAGUCACCACAGUGGAGAUCCACCCCAAGGGCCCGGUGAAGAUCUACGGGACUACCUACAACUCGUGGAACACGCUGGACAUCGACCUCCUACCCUACAAGGCCAUUCAGCUGCAAAGUCAGGCCGACUUGUCCGGCUCGGUGGUCCUCUCCUCGCGGCCCGUGGCGGUCCUGUCUGGACAUGGCUGUGUGAAGUCAGGCAACACGCAGAGUCAUGUCAUCGAGCAGCUUCUGCCUGUCUCCAGCUGGGGCUUCUCCUUCAUCCUGCCCCCAGUGGGGAGCAGCGAGGCAAAGCUUAACCAAGUCUAUGUUGCAGCAUCCCAGCCCACUGCCAUCACUCACUGGAGCGGGAAAGUCCCUGGGACCCAGAAUGUGGCAGCCGGGGAGGUGGCCAAGCUGGCCGUUGGAGGGUCCACAGCACUUUCCAUCACAGCCAACGCCAGUGUCCAGGUCCUCUACUGUUCUCUGGGGGGCAUGAAGGACCACGUCACCUUUUCCCCAUUCCUCACCAAUGUCCCACCCAUCAUGAGCUUCUGCUCAUCCUUCCACAACACUGGGCUGGCAGGGUUCACCAACUACGUGGCCCUGGUGGCCAAGACAAAGGAUGUAUGGGCCAUCACACUGGAUAAGGGGCUUCUGGGAUCCACCCGGUGGCACACAAUCCAGGAGUCGGAUUAUCUCUGGGGCACCUACAGCCUGGGCAGGGAUUUCAGCAGCCACAGCAUAGAGCAUCCCAGUGCAGCCUUCGGCAUCCUCAGCUUUGGCAUUACCCAGCUGGACUCGUACGGCUCGGUGGGCGUCUGCACUGAUGCCUUCCACAAACCCUCCUGUGACACGGUGCAGUGCAGGAAGAAGGAGAAGUGCCAGGUGGUGAAUGGUGCUGCAGUGUGCGUGGCAGAGUCCACAGCCAGCUGCUCGCUUUCGGGAGACCCUCACUAUCAGACCUUUGAUGGGCACUAUUACGACUUUAUGGGCACCUGCACCUACACCAUCGUAAAGACCUGCACUGCAGACAGGGCUCUUCCGUCCUUCACGGUCGAGGUGAAGAAUGAGAACAGGGGAAACCCACACGUCUCCUAUGUGGGCUAUGUCACUGUCCGGGUCUACAACUUCACCAUCUCGGCGGUCCGCUAUGAGACUGGGUUUGUACGGGUGAACAACCAGCGCUCUCGCUUGCCCAUCACCCUACACAAUGGCAAGCUCAGGGCUUACCAGAGCGGGACUUCCCUGUUCAUCAAGACCGACUUCUCCCUGAUCGUCUAUUUUGACUGGAACAGCUUCCUGGGCGUGAAGCUGUCCAGCAGCUUUGCGGAGAGCGUGUGCGGCCUCUGUGGGAACUUCAAUGGGGACCCCCAGGAUGACUUUGCCACCCCAGCUGGCGUCUUGGCUCCUGACCCCGUGGAGUUCGGGAAGAGCUGGAAAGUUCCCGAUGGGGAUUGGUUCUGCUGGGAUGACUGCCACGGGCCCUGCAAGAGCUGUCCCCCAGACGUGGCUGCCAAGUACCAGGCUGAGUCCUUCUGCAGCUGGCUUAUGCAGGGGGUGGGUGGCCCUUUCAGCCAGUGCCAUGCUGUGAUUGACCCCCUGAGCUACUUGAAAAACUGUAUCUACGAUCUGUGCAUGACCGAUGGGAGCCAGGAGUCGCUGUGCCAGGCACUGAAGAGCUACGCCGAAGAGUGCCAGGCAGCGGGGGUUACUGUCACUGACUGGAGGACGCCUGCGGGCUGCUCCUUGCCUUGCCCAGCCAACAGCCAGUACAAGCUGUGCGGCUCAGCCUGUCCCACCACCUGCAACGACCAGGCAGCCCCAACAAAAUGCUCUUUGCCCUGCGUGGAGACCUGUGAGUGCCAGGAUGGCUUUGUGCUGGAUGCUGGGCAGUGCAUUCCCCAGGCCGGCUGCGGCUGUGAGUUCGAGGGGCGCCUCUAUGGCCCUGGCGAGCAGUUCUGGGGGGAUGACGCCUGCAGCAGACACUGCGUCUGCGACCCCCAGACCCGGCGCGUGAACUGCCAGCAGGAGACUUGCCGACGUGGGGAGCAGUGUAGGGUGGAGAAGGGAAUCCAAGGCUGCUACCCUGCCAACUACAGCACCUGCACAUCCCUUGGGGACCCCCACUACACCAGCUUCGAUGGCCACAGGUUUGACUUCCAGGGCAGCUGCCUGUACCAGCUUGUGGGGCUGUGCCAGGACAGCGGAGACCUGGUGGGUUUCCAGGUGCUGGUGCAGAAUGACAACCGCGGCCUCGUGUCUGUGUCCUUCACCAAAGCAGUGGAGGUCAGAGUCUACGGGGUCAACAUCGCCAUCAGCCGUGAGCAUCCGGGACGAGUCCUGGUGAAUGGCUUGCUCACCAACCUGCCCUACAGCAUUGAAGGGGCCAAACUUAUCGUGGCCCGGAAGGGGCCGGAAGCUGCUAUUCAGACUGACUUUGGCCUCACCGUCACCUUCGACUGGCAGAGCCGAGUGACAGUCACCAUGCCCAGCACUUAUGCAGGCACUGUGUGCGGCCUCUGUGGGAACUUCAACGGGGACAAGGCUGACGACCAGGCUAUGAAGGAUGGCAGAGCCACCAUGAACCCCACAGCCUUUGGGCAGAGCUGGAAGGUGGCAGAGACCCCAGGGUGCGUGGAGCCCAGUGAGCCAGUGUGUUCUCCGCGUGCAGCCAUCGAGAGGAAGCAGAGGAGAGAGAAGGUGGACUGUGGGCUGAUCCUAGCAGACAACGGGCCCUUCAGGGCUUGUCACGCCAAGGUGAAACCCGAGGGCUAUUUCCAGGACUGCGUGUAUGACUACUGCUUCUUCCGUGGGAGGAUGGGACCCAUGUGCCAGAUGAUAGCCAGUUACGCAGCUGCUUGCCAGGCGGCUGGGGCAGCAGUGAGUGCUUGGAGGUCUGAGCAGUUCUGCAGUCCCUCCUGCCCCCGGCACUCGCACUACGAGCUCUGUGGCAGCAGCUGCCCAGCUACCUGCCACAGUCUCCCCGCUGCGGCCACGUGUGCCGGCCCCUGCACCGAAGGGUGUUUCUGUGACGCCGGGUUCGUGCUGAGUGGGGACCAGUGUGUGCUGGCUGAGCAGUGUGGCUGCCUCCAUGAGGGCCGCUACUACAGCCACGGGCAGGAGUUCUUCGUCGGCACCACGUGCCAGCAGUGGUGCCGCUGCGAGGGCGGCGGGGACGUCGUGUGCCGGCCAGCCUCCUGUGGUGCCGGUGAGGAGUGCCGCGUGGAGAGGGGCACCCUGGGUUGCUAUUCGGUCCGCCACGGUGAGUGCACCAUGGCUGGCAGCUCCCACUACCUCACCUUCGAUGGCCGCACCUUUGACUUCCAGGGGUCCUGCACCUACACCUUGGCCCGUGUGUGCUACGGGAAUGCCAGACUGGGGAACUUCUCUGUGGUGGUGCAGAACCAGAGCCCUGGAGAUGGCCGCGUGGCCCUGGUUGGGUCGGUGCUGGUCUCUGUUCAGGGCUACACUGUCAUCAUGGAGCAGGGAAGACGGUGGACAGUCACGGUGGACGGGGAGCUCCACACUCUACCGCUGGUGUCAGACAACGACGAGCUCUGGGCCAAUCAGGAGGGGAACAACAUCAUCGUCCAGACAGCCUCUGGGCUCCAUGUCCUGUACGACACCUCCUCCUAUGUCCUGGUGACCAUCCCCGGCACCUACCAGGGCCACGUGUGUGGCUUGUGUGGUAACUUCAAUGACGACAAGAGCGACGACUUGCUGCUGCCCGACGGCACGAGUGCACGGAGCGUGGACGAGUUUGGGGCCUCAUGGAAGGUGCCCAGGGAUGGCGCUGCGUGCAUCGAUGGCUGCGGUGAGGGAUGCCCCGUGUGCGAUGAUGCCCGGACAGCACCAUACCGGGCUGAGGGCUCCUGUGGACUGAUACAGGCUGCAUCUGGGCCCUUCAGCCGCUGCCCCCCACUGGUCAGCCCUGCCGCCUACUUUGGCUACUGUCUCUAUGACUUGUGUGCUGCUAACGGGGCACGGGAGACCCUCUGCCGGAGCCUCCAGGCCUAUGCAGCUGCCUGCCAGGCUGCUGGAGCCCAGAUCGGGACAUGGAGAUCCACCUCCUUCUGCCCCCUCAGCUGCCCAAGCAGAAGCCACUACAACCUCUGCACCCACUCCUGCCACCUUACUUGCGCCAGCCUGGUCAGCCUGCCCCCGUGCACAGGGAAGUGCUUCGAAGGCUGCCAGUGUGAAGCAGGGACACUGUUCGAUGGGGAGAAGUGCAUGUUUCCGGAGGGCUGUGGCUGUUUCCAUGGCAGAAGAUAUAUUCAGUCCCUGGACACAGUCCUAUCGGCCAACUGCUCAGAGGCCUGUACCUGCUACAACAGGGCCAUACUUCUCUGCGAGAGCAUGGCCUGCGCACCGGGAGAGACCUGUGCCAUGGAGAAUGGCGUGCGUGCCUGCCGGAAGGGAGCUGCUCUGGCACCAUGAGCCUGUUCUAGCCAGGAGAGCAGCAUCACCUCUACUAGUCUCUCCAUGACUGCCUACUGCUUCCCCUCCUGCUCCUGCUCCUGCCUGUGCCUUUGCCCUCUGGAGUGACACCCCACAUUGUACCAACCCUCAGCAAAGCUGCAAUUGGGGCUGGCUGCUUGCCACACGGAAAGGUCUUGUCUCCAGGGUUUUGACCCUUUGUGCAAACAGCAGAUGCCUCCUGCACUCAUUCAGGGGUGGUGGUUUGGCCCUGCUAAUAUUGACUCAGCUUUGCUUCCUUAGGAGAAUAAACAGGAGGGUCAA